AUGACAGCUCAAUCAUUCAAAUAUCUGUUUUGUUCGAUAUGCCUUUUCAGUCUGCAAGUGAAUGCCUUUAUCACGACUUGGAAUCCGGCUGGAAACCAGCACACCAUCCAAACAAGCACAACAACGCGGAACAACCAAUUUCCUGAUGUGACGCCGACACUAAUAAACCAACCAAUACGAUCCACCGCGACUAGACUGUUCGAGUCAGCGUCCUUGAUGGAUCUCCUAGACACGUUGGAAGACAAAAGGGACAUUCCAUCCCUCCAAGACUGGGCCGUGGAACAGGGGGUCCACUUUGCCGAAGGGGUUCUAUUGGUGGACAAUGGACUGGGCGACUGGGGAGUCGGCUUGAGUGCCAAUCAUUCGCAUGUGGCCAAUACUCCCAUUAUGACCAUUCCACCUCAUUUGAUUUUGAGUUCUCAAGACGCUCGUAUUGCACCCGCCACCCAAAGUUUCAUUGAGAACAAAAUGGCAACGAUAAGCCCCGGGAUGGACUAUUACCAUAAGGAGUGCCUCUUGAUGAUGGUGGUCUUGUUGGAAACUUUCAACGCUGCUAGUAGUAAUUGGUCCCCCUGGCUCGAAACCUUGCCCCGUAGCUUUUCAAUUGGUCUCUUUUUGGAUCCACUCGAACGAUCCCAUGUCGGACGCAUGGCCCCUGCCUUUUUGGAACAACAAGACAAGCAAUGGAAUGCCUGUUGGAAUGCCAUUCAACAAGUGGUAGACGAUGAAUUGGUGGAACUGCCAAUUGGAUUUCGAGACUAUCUACGGAAUUACAUGAUGAAUGAGAAGUCGAGCAGCAGUAGUAGUAGUGAGGAGGAGACAGCAGACGACGAACGAACCUUGAAAGAACUCGUCCAAUGGGCCUUUGGUGUCGUCUUUACACGAAGUUGGCGAAGUCCUGAUGGAAAAGCAGCAACAUUGGUACCAUUGGGUGACAUGUUCAAUCAUGAUAGUUCCAUGGCCAAUGUCUUUCCCAGUCUCUUGCAGCAAAAUGAUGACGAUGACGAGUCUCUAGCUGCUAAAAUGCCGGAAGGAUCCAUUCAAAUGAAAUUGAAACAAAACGUCGAAGUAGGAUCACCUUUGUUUAUAUCCUAUGGAAUGGGAGACCAACCUGCCCGAUUCUUGGUCAAUUUUGGGUUUUGGGAUCGAUCGGCCAGUUUGAUGGAUGCCAACCUGACCGUGCCUAAUACUGAGGAUUGGAUUGUGGAUCCAUCCGAACUCGUCGUCUCGACCCGUUCGGGAGGAGUUUCGGAAGAAGUUUGGAAUUUGGCCGCGUAUAAAUUCUUGUUGCUCAACGAACAAAAUGCCAUGACGGCUACCAAAUUGGCUCAAGCGCGCAAGGAUAACGACCAAGCUUCCUUUCAAGCCAUACUGGAUGACUAUGAUAUUCCGGCCAUUAUGUAUUUACGAAAACAUGCCUUGCAGAUUAUAAGUGAAACCUAUCCAGACAUGGACCUGUGCCCGGAAGGAAAUCCCAUCGAAUCCCCUCGUCGAUUUGGAAUGAUUGCCCGUUACAACAAUGGAAUGCGCGAGAGUUGGAUGCGGGUUGCGGAAUCCUUGGAAUUCGAGCUGGAAGAUGCCUUGGCGAAACGACAAGAAGGACGAUGA